GGGGAGAAUAGACAUUUGCAAAUUGUAAAAAAUUCCGAGCGGGAUUUUCGAUAUGGUAGUUGCUUGGAGGUGUAGCAUGAAGUUGCCAGGACAUACUAAUUAACUGACCAAUACCAGUUUUACGAGGUGCCACUAUCUAAUUAGUUUAGAAAAUGAGUGAGACAUUAGCGAAAGACAAAGUGCCAUCGCGUACCGAAUUAAAUAAUAACGAAUCGCAUUUAAAUAUGGAUUUAGACAUGAGUAGCCAAAGAGUUGACGAAAGUGCAUCACUUUCUAGUGCUUCAAGUAAUAAUUCUGAUCUUAGCGAUGACGCUGGAGAUGAGCCUAAAAAGGACGGCGAAACUUUAGCGAAGAAACCUUCAAAUCGUAAGCUGCGUUCGUUAUCCGACAGUCACACAAUUCCCCUCCUCACAUCAGCAGACAUAACCGACGCCUUUCCAAGUUUGCCCGACUCCGUCCUGGAAAAGCUGGGUCUCUCUGGUAAUGGAGAAAGGGAACGCCUCAACGAAGACGAGCUCGAGCAGAAGUUCGUCGCUCUCUCCUUGGCAUUUACGAUCGACGCCGCCACGAUUAAAGACCGAUGCGAGCGGCAAAAGCGAUACCGCGACCAAACCGAAGUUAACUUAAGCAAUGAAAUAACAAAAGUAAUCGACCAAAUUACCCAAAUACACCCAUCGAACACCGAGAAAGCGGAGCACCUCACCGAUCUACUGGCGCAAAUUGACGUCAUCGUAAGAGCUUCGACUCUUGCCAGCAUUUCCGCCGAGCGAUUUGGAGCCGUUCAGCACGAGGCCAGGCUCUCCGAUGCCGUCAACCUGAUGAUUAACUACGUGACGUUACUCAAACAGCAACGAGACUCGGCGAGGAAACAGCUCCAGUACACGAAAAAGGUUCUGCAGGACACUAACACUACCGAAACCUCGAACGUGAAGCGUCACAGUUUCGGGCCCAACGGGCGUUCACUCACGCAGCGACGGGCGAGCAUAGCCACGCUCGCUCAGGACGUCGGGAAACCGCCGGUUUCGCCUCCCGGCACCGACAGCAAAAAGUUAUCGAGGCGAACGUCCGAUAUUUCAGCACGAGUGUCGGCAUUCGCCAGAUCCACGCGGCCCAGUCGGCUUGAGCUAGGGGUCGAUCUCAAUAAAAUAAAAGAAGGAAUUGUAGACGAUAAUGCAGAACUUGAUCCAUUGGAAGCUUCGGAUGGAGAAGAAGAGGUGUUUGACCCAAAAACGCCGGAAAAAGAAGUGAAAUCUCGAAAAUCAAGCACGCCGUUCGUCAACCACAUGACGCUUCAAGUGAAAAGGUUACAAAGAUACAUUCGGGAUAGGUCAAGGGUGUAUGCAGAAUACGGAGUAUUCCACGACUGCUUCUAUAUCACUGCCUGCGUUUGUUUUAUGAUAGGCUUCUUUCUUCUGGCAAUUUUUCUAAUUCACGCACAAAUUACCGGAGGUGACAGUUCAACAUUGCGAUCACAGAAAGAUACUAGAAUAAAACAAUGAAUAUACAAAUCGUUUGAAAUCUCCAAAUGAAGAAUCAUCGGCUCUUAAGCCGGAUGGUUUAGGCAAAUCGAGAGAAUUGCUUCACCUAAAUUCAUUUAUGUAACUAGUACCUAAUGAAUUCGAAUGAAUGUUGAUAUGCCUGUACGACCAGAAUUACCAAAAAAAUUACCGUUAAUUGUUUUA